CUCGCCGCCGCCAUGAGCGCCGGGCAGGCCGCGGGGGAGGAAGCGGACGCCGCCGCCGCGUCCUCGGCACUUCCCAGGGUGCUCUCGGCGCUCUUCUACGGGACGUGCUCCUUCCUCACCGUGCUGGUCAACAAGGCGCUCCUCAGCGCCUACAGCUUCCCAUCACCAAUAUUUCUUGGAAUUGGACAGAUGGCAGCCACUAUACUUAUCUUGUAUGUGUCAAAACUGAAUAAGAUUGUACACUUUCCUGAUUUUGACAAAAGCAUACCUGUGAAGUUGUUUCCUCUGCCUCUGAUUUAUGUUGGAAACCAUUUAAGUGGAUUAUCAAGUACCAGCAAACUCAGUUUGCCGAUGUUUACAGUGCUCAGGAAGUUUACCAUUCCACUUACUUUACUGCUGGAAAUCAUCAUACUUGGGAAACGAUACCCACUGAAUAUUAUAGUCAGCGUAUUUGCCAUCAUUCUUGGGGCUUUCAUAGCCGCUGGGUCUGAUCUGUCCUUCAAUCUGGAGGGCUACAUAUUUGUGUUGCUAAACGAUAUCUUCACAGCAGCAAAUGGAGUUUAUACCAAGCAGAAAAUUGAUCCAAAGGAGUUGGGAAAAUACGGUGUCCUGUUUUAUAAUGCUUGUUUCAUGGUGAUUCCAACAGUUAUUAUUAGCUUUUCUACUGGGGACUUUCAGCAGGCAACACAUUUCCAGCAUUGGACAAAUUUUUUAUUUGUCUUUCAAUUUAUUCUUUCCUGCUUGUUGGGGUUUCUCUUGAUGUAUUCUACUGUCCUGUGCAGUCAUUACAAUUCUGCACUCACAACAACAGUAGUCGGUGCCAUAAAGAAUAUAUCCAUUGCUUACAUUGGAAUGUUGAUUGGUGGAGAUUACAUAUUCUCCAUGUUAAACUUUGUAGGGCUAAAUAUUUGUAUGGCAGGAGGACUGAGAUACUCAUUUUUAACAUUAAGAGGAGACAGCAAGCCUGCACAACCUGGGGAUGAAGAGAAUACACUUCCAGUGUCAAAGAGUUAGACAAAACGCCUGCCUUGAUAGAGACUGAAGAUGCAAGUUUGUUUAACAUUGCCAAGACCUUAAACAAGUAUAUGCUGGAACAUAUUUGGAAUAUCAAAAAAAAAAAAAAUCUACCUCAGUUGUCACAGACACGCACACAAUUCACUGGCUCAGACAUAUUCUUGCACACCAUGUUUUUUACAUGUAAACUAGUUGGACUUUGGCUUUUUUUUUAAUUCUGCAAGUCAUUUGAUAGGAGGGAAUUCUAUGAGAAAAUUUCAAGUUGUAAACUUCUGCCUGUACUUGGGUGCUAUUUCAAUAAGAUAUUUGAGCUCUGUUUCAGUGACUGCCAGUAGUUUCUUGAAGCAAAACCUCCUGUAAAGAUCAUGAGGCUUGAUUCACCAUUGCCUUAUGCCAUAUGCAAUCUUUAAUAUCAACGAGGAGAUGAAAGAUCCUAGUGGUUCAUGUUGAUUUGUAUUUGCUCUUGAGUAAGUGAUAUAGAACAUAUGGGGCAAAGAGGAUAUUCGCCUGCAGAUUGCUCCCUGUGUGUCAAUUAAAAAAUUCAGGCAAUGUCCAUGUGUGUAAAUUGUGUAGGCAUUCUCUUUUUGUGUUUCUCUCAUCCUCAAUCACACCAUGGUGUUAUGCAGCAGUCGUCACUGUUAUUAUAAAUGAGCCCUCAUAACUUUGCAGCAGGUGAAGGAGAGUAGGGAAAUGACAGGGGAUUUUUUACUAUUUAAAUAUUUUUUUGUGUGUGUCUGUGAGCCAGUACCAACAGAUCUGUUUUUGUUAAGGUACAUUUUUCUUUUUAUACACGGUCCCCUCCUCUCACAUUUUGUCUGUAACCACCUUGCUGCAGAGAAGUGGUUGUGAAGCUGUGUGAAGCUAGCAUGUGAAGCUGCUAGUUUAUGUCUAUGUGUUACUAUGUGCUACUAUGAACAAACAUAGUAGGGAAGGGAAACAGAUAUGUGAAAGACUGACUUGUGUUUAAAUAAGGAGAAAUGGCUAGUGUCCUGUUGUGUCUCAUAUAUGAGAUCAGUAAAAGCUUAUCUCAUACUAGUUUAUGCUUUUGAUUCUAUGCAAGGAAUCAUAAUGAGCCUGGGGAUUACUACAGUAGGCUCAGCUGGUACAGGGGUUAAGGGGCCCAGACUGAUGGUCUGAGUUAUCAUCUGGGACAAUAGCACCCAUAUCUAUAUUUCAAUAACACCUAUAUCUAUAUUUCCUUCUCUGAAAAUACUUGAUAAUGUUUACCUGUAUCUGAGGAUAAAGUGUUCACCUUUGAAAACAUUAUAGGAGCAUUGAAGUGUUGGAAGACAGCAGAGAAAUUAAUCUUGUUGAAGUUCUCAAUUCCCUGCAAGCAUGAACCAAGAUUUUUGAAAAUAAUCAAAUUGGAAGAUUUUGGAAGGCUUUGGCACGGAACCAGAGUGAUCUAAUGACAUAUUUGAUCCCCACUUAAAUUAAAAUACAGCUAAGAAAAUCUGAAAAGCACUACUCUGUGUGUAGCACAUCAAUUACCAGUCUGAAUUAGAUCUGCGAAACAUAUGUGUAACUAAUACCAGAACCUUCAGGAAGUCACUGCCCACAUGGAUUUGAAUGGCAAGAGAAGCAGUGACUGCUGAUACUAGAAGUGGCAUUUAAAGGCACAGUCAAACUGAGAAAAUAAAUCUGAGCUAUCCAUUUUCUCACAGCUGGAUAAGAAUAUGAUCUUCAUUUCUAUCUGCCGAAGACCUUUGAAGGGAAAGCGUUGCUGCAAAUAUUUUUCAGUGAUCUGUUUUUAAAGAUUUCCUUUAUGCUUAAAAAA